AUGGAGAGGAUGAAACGUAUUAGUGUUAAUGGGGGUGCACUUAACUGUGAUGACAUCCUGCAUGAGAUCCUACUUCGAAUACCACCAUCAGUUAUCUCCAAAUUAAUUGUUGUAUCAAAAAUAUGGCUACGAGUAAUAUGCAGUCCUUCUUUUCGUCAAGGCUACUUGAGACAAUGGGGGCUAAGUUUUCGACUUCUGGGAUUUUUUGUAUGCAACUUUUUAUAUCUUGGAAGACCUCGGGAUGGUUACCGCCGCCCUCGUUGGGAGCCUCCCCUCCCGUUCUUGUCCACUUGUAGAGAGGGUGAUGAUUUGAAACACUCUGGAAUCCUCAAACAUCGUGGGUAUUUCAUUGAUAGUUCCAAAGGCAUUAUUCUUUCUGGUCUCCAUCCAAAGACAUAUUAUGUGUACAACACCUUGACCAAGCAAACGUAUCAACUCCCAGAACCUCAGCAAUUCUAUAAAGUUCUAUGCAUGGCAUUGAUUGUUGAGGAUUUUCUUCAUGGUGACACAUGCUACAAGGUGAUCAGAGCAAGAUGUGAAUGCAAACUUAAGGAACGCAACACUGUCUCAAUUGAGACUUACUCAUCAAAAACUGGAAAAUGGAAGCAAUCCACUCUGAUGUGCUCUACAUCUUUUGCAUUGCGCCCGAGGACAGCAGCUAUGGUGGUUGGAGGGGUUGUACACUGGUUUGCGAUAUGGGGGAAACUUGCCAUUUAUGAUCCUCGUCUUGGAGACAGGUAUGUAGCUUCGAUUAAACUACCAACAGGUGUGUUAACACAUGAGCAUGAGGAAUCUGUUCUUGGGGAGUCAUCAGAUGGGCUUUUGAUGUAUGGUCAGAGCAAUAACAUUGGUGUGGAGAUAUGGAUGCUUGAGAAGGAACCAGAAGACAACAACUCAUCCAUUUACUGCAUCUGUACACGUCUGAAGUACAAGUGGGUUCUGAGGUGGAGAUUAAAUUUUAAAGUACUAUGGAAGCAGAUGCCAUCUUUAAGCACACAUUCUAAAGAAACCCAGCUACUGUCAUUCCUUCCACAGAAUUCUACAUCUAUCUUCAUAAGGUCAGGGUGGAACAUUUUUCUGUGUGAUUUGGUGACCAAAACGGUGGAAAUUGUUAAUUAUCAGGGUCGUGGAGGUUCCAUUUCUUGGGAAUCUAGCAAAAUAGUUCCUUACUUUCUACCAUCAUGGCCACAGGCAUCCUGUGCCUCGUGA